AUGACCAGUGUUCACGUUGAUACUGUGAAAAGGGAUGGCACCGAAAGAAGCGCGGACAUAGAUCUUCGCAUGCCAACAUGCCGCGGUGUUGACAUCGAAGGGCUUUCUAUCCCUCAACUGCAACAAUGUCUCGAGAGCAGAAAAUUUUCUGUUUAUGAUCUGACAGCGUGCUACUUGGAAAGAAUCAGACGCAUUAACGGAGUUUUAAAAGCUGUGAUUGAAAUCAAUCCUGAUGCUUUAGAUAUUGCUGCUAGGAUGGACUGUGAGCGGAACCAGGGGAAACAUCACGGCCCGCUUCACGGAAUCCCAUUCCUUGUUAAGGAUACUAUGUCUACCAAGGACAAAAUGCAAACGACUGCCGGUUCUUCUGUGUUGCGAGGGACAGUGGUCCCAGAGGAUGCACAUGUCGUGUAUCUCCUGAGGAGAGCUGGAGCCGUUUUACUCGGACAUGCAAACUUGUCUGAGUGGGCAUCGAUGAGGUCGACAUACUAUUCUGAAGGAUAUUCUUCUCGAGGCGGUCAAUGCCGGAACCCAUAUAACCUUGCCGAGCAUCCAGGUGGUUCCAGUUGUGGCAGUGCGGUUGCUGUCGCAUCAAACAUGUGUGCCUUCAGUCUGGGCACUGAGACAGAUGGGAGCGUUAGUAUCCUCUAUUCCCAUCCGAGUAAGGUGAUGAUUGAAGGUAUUGAUGACCACUCAAUUCAGAUAAUGAUGCCCGCCGACCGCAAUGGAAUCGUUGGCAUUAAGCCAACGGUUGGAUUGACAAAUGGGAAGGGCGUUAUUCCAGAAUCAAGGAGUCUUGAUAGUGUUGGGACGUUUGGAAGGACGGUACUGGAUGCUGCAAUUGCUUUAGAUGGCAUCGUUGAUUCGUCCGCUAUCCCGCCUUGUACCUCAAUUGUUUCUGGGAAAGAGACCCUUCGAGGCGCUCAAUUUGGGUUACCCUGGAAAGGGGUAUGGGAAAAAGCCAACCAGAACGAAGCAGCUAGAAAGCAUUACCAGAUCUUCGAACAAGUAAUAGAGCGUAUAAGGGAAGCAGGAGCAAAUGUAAUUGAAUAUACCGAUUUCCCUAGCGCAGAAGAAAUCAUACCACCUGGUGGAUGGGACUGGGACUAUCCCACCAAGCAGGGCCACCCAGAGCAAUCACAAUUUACCGUAGUGAAAACGGAAUUCUACAAUGAUUUGAAGGCUUACCUCGGCAACCUCGCUUCCAACCCAAACAACAUCAGUUGUUUAGAUGAUAUAGUCAAAUACAAUGAAAGGCACGCAGAGACAGAAGGCGGGCGCCCUGGCGUACAUCCCGCAUGGCCCUCUGGACAGGACAGCUUCGAAAUGAGUUUGGACACCAGGGGCGUCAUGGAUGAUACCUAUCGCCAUGCUCUAGUGUAUAUCCGUCGAAAAUCCCGCGAAGAAGGUAUUGAUGCAGCUUUGUCAACAAAGGAUAGAAACCAGCUUGAUGGGUUGCUGGUUCCCCUUCAAGCUGAUGGCGGUGUUGCAUGUCAAGUAGCUGCCAAAGCUGGAUAUCCCAUGAUCACGAUUCCCGUUGGCAUCGCAAUUGGUGAGAACGACAUUCCAUUCGGUAUUGGAAUGAUUCAGACAGCAUGGCGGGAAGAUAAACUCAUCAGAUAUGGUUCUGCCAUUGAGGACCUGCUGGCUCUGAAAGCAAAACCUACCUUUAAGAACAUUGAUGCCGAUAAUUAUAUGUAUAUUGGGACUCCUGCAAAGUCAUAA